AUGACGAUGGAGGGUGCUGUGGCGCGAGGCCAGCACCGAGGACACGCUCGACCGGCUGCUACCACUUCUGCCGCAGCCCGAUCUCCCCUUCGAGACUGUCGGGUGGCAGCCCCCGGGAUGCUGAUCCGGAACCGUGUUGGCAGCAAUGCGCAAAACAUCACCUCGCCAAGCUACAUUAGCAAUGGAUACCACCGACCUGGUACUGCAAACCAUGUGCCGCGCCAGCAAGGCCGUAUCACAGCAGGUAAGCGAUCACGCCGUGGAGGUGAAGGCCAAGGUGCACCGGGAGCGGCGGUCUCUGCUGGGGGCAGCGCGCUCCUGUCUGUGCCGACGCCCAUUCGGAGUACCAGUGCUCCCAGCCUUCCAGGCGAAGCGCUCGUCUUUGAGGUGACGACCAAAUCACCCGAAGCAAGGAAGGGAGCUGUGAGUCCACAACAAGUGGUGGCUGCGGCUACGGCUUCACCGCCUGUGGCCCAGCCAACGGCGCAGCCUCAGCCAACAGCUCCAGUGCAGCCGGCGCCACAGCCCAAGCCACAGCCACCGACUCUGCCGCAGACAACCGAGGUUCCCACUGAGCAGGGCAUUAUGAAUCACCUUCCAUGGCUGUCGGAGAAGCGCACUUCGCUUCUUCAGCUCUUGGCCGAGUGGUCGCAGAGCCACCGCGUCCUAGAUGAUCUUACCGACCGACUCCGACGCCUGGGCAGAGACCGCCCGGCCGACCAGGGACCCUGCGAGUUGGAGACAGGCCUUAGGCAAGUGAUCGCCAUGGUAAGCGUAAUCAACACAGCAAUGUGGCGCAGCUGUGCUGGCAUAUGGUGUCGACGAGCACGGCCCAAUUCGAGGUGUUUGCUCUGCUUGCAGAAGUCAUUUGAAGCCUCGAAGCGCCUUCUCGAUGACCAUGGCUGGUCCAGAAGGGUUGCGACUUCCGCGGACAGCGCCUGUUUUCUGCAUAAGCGACCAGUGCGCUCAGUGAACUUCAGCUCCGGUGGACAACUGCUGUGCACGUCCUCAGAGGAUGGGACAGCACGGGUGUACGAGCUGGAGACGGGUCGCAUGGUCAAGGAGGUCGACCACGGGACCACGAUUUGGUGGUCCGAUUUUAGUUGUGAUGGGUCGAUGCUGUGCACAGCUUCGGACGAUCGAUCCGUUAGAGUCUACGACUGCAAGACUUGGAAGCUGUUGGAGAUGUUUGGCCAUGGGCUGCCUGCGAAAUGCGCGAGCUUCAGCCCGGAUGGGCAGUCCGUUGCAACGGCCUCUGGCGACGCUUUCGUGAGGAUCUUUGAUUUGAACGAAGGAGAUGAGGUGGCCAAGCUCAAGCAUGACAGCUGGGUCGUUUCUGUCCGCUACAGCCCGGAUGGCGCAUUACUCGCCACAGGCUCGGCAGACAAGUGCAUCCGCAUCUUUGACGUCACGGCUCCCGAAGCCAAGCUGGUUUCAAAGAAGAAGUUCAGCGGCCUUGUGACUUCUGUGGACUUCAGCCCGGACUCCAGGCUCAUCUGUGCGAGCACGACUCGCAAAGAAGACCAGACCCAGAUCAUCGAGGCGGUGACUGGGCGCUGUGAGAUGGCCAUUGAGCAAGAUGCUCUGACCGUCUCCACCAGGUUCUCUCCUGCUGGUGACAGAGUCUGCGCUGUGUCCGGUGAUCACGCCCUCGUCUACGACGUUGAGUCCGGCGAGAUGAUUCGCUGUUUCGAGCAUGGAGUCCACGUGAAUUAUGCCGCAAUGCGUGCUGAUGGCCUGCUCUGCACGGCUGCGAUGGACGGUGCUGUUCGCUUCUUCACCCUUGGGGACGGCCCUACAGGACUGGACAUGAGUCACCGGAUCAAUGUCCAGAGCCGGGACCUGCUGCAGCAGUUCGAGUUCUUGGAGCUGAAGACAAGCACCUAUGAAAACCUGCGUGUGGCCUUUCACGGUGCUGGAGAGCCAGCGCCCGUGUUGCCAACUCCUCCUUCGCGGCCGCCGGAGAUGUUUCCACCCUCGCCAGAGAAGAUGGUUAUGCUCAAGGACGUGGAGGUUGGGUUAAGCGCCGUGCCAGUCGGGCGUCCUGCUGCACCGCCAGUGGUUCCCAGGUUGCAUUUGGGCGCUGCCAAGAACGGUGUUGACAUCGAUUCUGCGGCCACCAACCUCAGUGGCACGCCUUCGGUGCAUUCUUCUGACGAGUCGCUCUGCUCCCCAGCAGCGGGCACUGCCCCGCCUCUGCCAAAGGACAUCACGCACGCGGCGGGCUUGCUAGCCAGAAGCCAGUCCUGUGUGACCCUUCACGAGCGCAAGGCCUGUGUGGAAGCGUCGCCGCUGACGAAACAGAGGAUCCUUCACCAGGCGGUGGUGGCUGAGGAAGAGGAGGUUGCGGACCUUCCGAUGACUCGCUGGGCAUCGAGGCCGGCUCCCAAUUCUUCCAGUCCCGGAGUGGACCCACGCAGCGUCGCCGUGCAGAGCAUGCCCGUGGGCAGAAGUGCUUCUUCGCCGAACCCGGCCUCUCCUUCCAAGCAGGACGUUGUGCGAUCCCCACAGGCCACCUCACCGCCCCCUUUGGCCAAGGGACGAGCCAUCUACGCCUCUGCUGCUGCACUGCCGCAGGCUUCUCCCAUACAGGUUGUGGCGCAGGUACCUCAUGCAGGGCAUUCCUCCACACAGCCAUCGCAGCGGCCGUCGCACACCCCCGCACCUGCCCGCGCCAUGGGUGUAAUGCGAGCAGUCGUGUCCCCGCUCGGCCGAGCAAUGAGCACCAGUGCCCUUCAUGGACAGGUGGCGUUCCAUCCUCGACUACAGAUCGCAGGGGUUCCUGGCGCAGCUGUUGCCCUCGUGCCGUGCGCCUGUGCCUGGAAGUGA